UGGGCUUGCGAUGCUGUGACGAACCGUUUUAGCUCACUCAAGAUAUCACUCAGGUCUAAGCAUUUAAUUAAUUUAUUUACUCGCUAUUAAUCAUCAAUUUUAUUAAUUUAGCCAAUCAAGCGCUAAAAACACAGCCACCACCCCUCCAAUCCAACCCCACCCCCUUUGGCAGCGAUGUCACAUUUCACUAUCCCCACCUUGACACGUGCCACACUAGACUCUUGACAAGAGUACGCUCCCCUUUUCCUAUCUUGGCAAACAUCCGUUGACCCCCCCCCUUGUUGGGAGCGGCUGGUCACUUCAAAGUACCCAUUCAACUUAACGCCUCGGGCAACGCUAUUCGUCUAGCACUAGCCAUUAUCAAGGUAUAAUCUCCCUUGAUUUUGUACCGAGCUCCGAUAAUCUCCCCUUCAUAAUCCACCUGACCACCUGGGAUGAUUUCCUGGACUUUCAACUCGCGCCUUCGCGCAAUGUCUAUCUCCCGGAAACGCCGUCACGGUCAAGCGAGGAUCUCUUUGUCAAAGACGCCAGAUAGUCUAGACCACCUUUGCACUUAUCUCCCGCCACUCACCCCCCCCCCCCUUUUAUCCACGUGUAUAUGGACAAACUUCAUCGUCCGAUCUCAUUCACGCUGGAGAGCCCACAGGGAGCACAUCUAACUCUUGCUUGAGCUCUAGACUAUUUUCAUUCCCUUAAUUCACUUUGGAUUGGUGGUAUGUAACUUAGUUAAGUGCUUGUGAACCAUUUUACUUAGUAAUGUAUAUAUAUAUAUAUAUAUAUAUAUAUAUGUGCAUUUAUUACUACAUUAUUUGUGUAUAUAUUUGUGCAUUCUUAUCAUGGAUGAUCUUUUAUCUAUAGGCUACACCCGCCUGAAAUCUUAGCAACCUAAAGCUGAUAGCAGAUUUGCUGGCACCAGAUCUGUAGACAUCAGACCUACUCAUCCUUCAAGAGUCCAAGUAACAACGCUAGCCACAGACUCGUCACUGGCUUAACUGAUUGGUAGACGCAGCUUAGCUCUGCAACCAUACAAGUUGGACUGCACACGGAGCCUGGAUCCACUACGCCAGCCCACCAGCAGACAGCAUCAGUACCAGCCACACCCGUCUCACCAGUGCAGCACAAGGACCAAAAGCUAAGCAACCAGCCUAAUGACACUCAGACCACUUGGUUCUAAUAUCUGAUGAUGAUAGUCUCCUAAUGUAAAUACGCUAGAUCCCAUUCUGGCAUCUGUACAGCAUUUUACCUUUUAAUUAUCCUUUGUAUAAUAAACUGUACAUAAUUUUACAUCUAAACAUAGCAUUUGUUGCCUGCAUUAUAACGCUGUGCUUGUAGUUUAUAUGUGCAAGUAAGGAUUCUCAAACCAUAAAAAUCCCCUAGACACCCAAAACGGCCAAUAUCUUAAUCCGACUUGUCACAAUGGCGAGCCUCGUCCGGGAUUUACCCAACUAAUACUGCAAGCACAGCAGGCAACUCCCCAGUAUUUUAACUAUCAUCAUUGUUAGAGCACAAGACUAUAGAUUGUCAUUCAGAGCUAUUUUAUUGUUCUAAUUUUGUAUUGCUGUGAUUGUACUUCAUUUACAGGUUCUUAAGCACCAAACAAAGGUUAAUACCACCUUUCCUGUAACUCUUAAGUAAUUGCUUUCAGCAGCUCCAUCAUCGUCUCCACCUCUUACUCUACCUUCCGCCUUUCCCCUUCAUCACCCACCCUCACCAUCCUAGCACCCCUCACCACCAUGGCCAGUGGCACACGCUCUAAAGCGGACUCUGACAUGAAACAAAAAAUAGCUGAACUCAGAGAACUCGCGGCCGUCAUAUAUGACGAUGAGGCAAAGCAGAAAGAAUAUGUGAGGGCAGAAAUGGAGAAGGAGAAGAAAAGGGAACAUGAAAUAGCUAUGGAAAGAGAGAAAAGGGAAGCUGAAGUAGCUAUAGCUAUAGCUAAAGAAAAGGAAAUCACGGAGCGAGAAAGGGAAAAACAAAUAACUGAGAGAGAAAGGAUAACCGCGGAGAAAGAGAACGGAACCGCCAGUCAAGCUUCCUCCGGAUCUCGCCCGGUUAGCCCUGCCUCCCAGCAAAGUUCCUCAAACGGCCUACCCCACAUGCCAAUGGAGCACUUCGACGACAAGACAGAGAACAUCGAAGUUUAUCUUGUCCGUUUUGAAGAAGUUGCGAGCUACUACGGUCUGCCAGAGGAGAAAUGGUGCUUCCAGCUAUCCCAAUGCCUCCGAGGCAAAGCCUGCGAAGUUUACUCUAAACUUCCCUCCGGCCAGCGAGAAGACUACGCAGCCCUCAAACAGGCGCUACUCGUCCAAUUCGAGCUGACUGCCGAGGCUUACCAAAAGAAAUUCAGGACAUCCCGCCUAGAGCGCCGAGAGACCUACGGUAAUCUCUGCGACAGGUUAGACAAAUACCUGAAGAGGUGGCACACUCUUAGCGAACUGCCAGAGACUUUGGACGGCCUAGUGAGCCUCAUACUCGCAGAGCAGUUGCUGGAGUGCAUGCCUAACGAUGUCAAAAUCUUUGUAAGGGAGCAGCAAGCCGCUACACCAGCCGACAUAGCUUCAGCUGCAGACCGGUACGCGACUGCCCGCAAAGACGUUAAGGACAUCAAAAGCAAGACCUCAGCCUCGGACAAACCAGAGGACCAGCCCACUUCUUCCAACAAACACGCUCCUUCUAGCCAACCCUCUCCGUUUACUAAACCUCAUCACCAAAAAGCACCAAUCCAACGACCAGCCACGCCUACUAGCUACGACAGACGAAGCCACCCGCCUCGACAUGGCCAGACCAAUAACCAUCACCGUGACCGGAACAGCACGAGUGAUCACAGGCCCAAUCGACAGCAUCAGGCCCCACGUACUGUGUCAGCCAUGACUGAGCUCCCUGAACCCUCUUUGCAUAAUCAGCCAUCGCCUCUUGAUGAGGAGGAGGAGGACUAUUACGUCAUAUCAGCGCUGACCGUGGCCCCUGAACCCACUGCUUGUGGCCUUACCCAACCGAUACCGCCUCACCCCAUCGUAUCACCCCCUGGGGUAGAGAUUAUUCUGAUUAACGGAUCUCCUGUCCAGGCACUAUUCGAUUCCGGAUGUGAGGUGAGCUCUGUCAUCAGCAAAGCACUGGUCGACCCAUCGGAUCUCACUGGUGGAUCAGUGACGGUUCAAUCUCUAGAUCGUGGCAUUCCUCCGAAGGUGUAUCCUAUCGCUCGGGUCCACGUAGAAUGCAAGUAUGUACAUGGCACCAUUGAUGCAGUAGUCAUGGACUCGCCAGUAUACGACUUUGUUCUAGGCUCCAGGUACAUACCUCUAGGAGUUGUCAAUAAACCAUACUUCUCUCUGCCUGUCGGUAGAAUGACAAAGCAGAAACGUGGCAGCAACCAGCCGGUUGGAAGCCCUGGUCGCCACUCUAACAAACCCUUUACUGGCUCUUCAGCCAAGCUCAAGCCGUUCCACCCUGGCACUGGCACUGCUAGGAAGUCACGAGGUAAGCGAAAUACCUACACUCGUGAGAGUCCUUGUAACUCCCGCUCUUCAGCUAUCAAACCGCUCAUCCCUGGCACUGAUCCUGCCAGGAAGUCACAGAGGAAAGUGAACUCUCAUGAAAGUGGGCCUCAUCACGGCUCCACCCACACUUUAAGGCCACUCUUCCCUGACAUUGACCGUGUCUGGAAAACUAGAGGUAAGCCGAUUAAUCGCACUCACGAAGAAACGCCUUACUAUGGCUUCAGAGAUAAGCCCCGUCCAACAUACGCGCAUUGGGCACUCCGCCAUAACACCCAUCCCACUUACUGGUCUGCCCCAAGAAGGAGAUGUACCCAGUCCUAUUCACCCGGCCUAUUUCCCAGGUUUCCAGAAUUGCCCCUUCCACGUGGCAAUCCGCCUGCGGACAGAACAUAGGCGAAAGCGGACCCUUAGGACGGACACCCAUCUGGACCUCGGCAACCUCUUAACUACUGGGAAAAUUUUCUUAAAUGCUACGACCGACAGUAGACGAAACUUGAGUGAUAUCAACGUUAGCACUUUAUAGAUCUUUUAACAAAGAUCUAUCUUACGCAGGGAGGGUUGUGACGAACCGUUUUAGCUCACUCAAGAUAUCACUCAGGUCUAAGCAUUUAAUUAAUUUAUUUACUCGCUAUUAAUCAUCAAUUUUAUUAAUUUAGCCAAUCAAGCGCUAAAAACACAGCCACCACCCCUCCAAUCCAACCCCACCCCCUUUGGCAGCGAUGUCACAUUUCACUAUCCCCACCUUGACACGUGCCACACUAGACUCUUGACAAGAGUACGCUCCCCUUUUCCUAUCUUGGCAAACAUCCGUUGACCCCCCCCCCCCUUGUUGGGAGCGGCUGGUCACUUCAAAGUACCCAUUCAACUUAACGCCUCGGGCAACGCUAUUCGUCUAGCACUAGCCAUUAUCAAGGUAUAAUCUCCCUUGAUUUUGUACCGAGCUCCGAUAAUCUCCCCUUCAUAAUCCACCUGACCACCUGGGAUGAUUUCCUGGACUUUCAACUCGCGCCUUCGCGCAAUGUCUAUCUCCCGGAAACGCCGUCACGGUCAAGCGAGGAUCUCUUUGUCAAAGACGCCAGAUAGUCUAGACCACCUUUGCACUUAUCUCCCGCCACUCACCCCCCCCCCCCCUUUUA